AUGUCCAGUCUGUCCAAAUCACGCUGGGCCCCGCCCCCCAGCGACAGCCAGAAACCGCCAGACCGACGAGGCCUGCUCUCUGCCUCUGAAGAGCUGUCGCGCUUUAUGAAAAUUGUGGCGCGCCUGAAGUGGAAGCUCCCAUUCCUGGCAGAGGGUUAUCGCCUGGCGACCACGCACGAGCCGGCCGUUGACCUUGCCCACGCCGAGAUCAUGUUUAAACUGGACUUCCACGAAUACUAUGCGCUUCUGGAACGAGCCCUGGUGCACUUACUGGGCGUGUUUGACAUCACGGUCUCCUCGGCGCCGCGCUACCAGGGCUCGCACAGCUACCACGCGAACGUGCUCGACGCGCUGGAAGCGAAAACAAGCCCUCUGCGCGAUAUUCUUGGGUCUGGCGAGAGAUUCAGGCAGCUGAAACGCGCAAAGGAGCUGCGCAAUCGCUGGAAGACGGCGGAUCUGUCGCAGGAGGAGAAGGAGCGCGACGACUGGCGCUCAGCAAUGAGAGGCGACCGAGUGAUGCCUCUGGACAGCUACGAUCUCGACAGAAUCAUCGCCGAGAUUUUCGAUGGCCUGGAGGAUGCCUAUCGCCUGGCUGAAUCCCAUGCAGCGCAGCACGACACCCUUCGCAACGGUCGGGGCUCGUCCACCAUGGACUGGGACUUUAUCGUCGACGCGAUGGACUGGGAGGCUGUCUGA